CUGAUGAGAAGGAACCCUUAUUUGGGGACCAGCGUUGGAGGCUCUGGGGUGGGGGGGAGAGCGGGUCUUGCUGCACUUAGAGGCCGCUGUCUGGGUCUGUUGUCCGUGCAGAGAUCCCACAGGUGUCCCCACUUGGAGAUGAGGAGCCCAGGGGGUGGCCAUGGUGGCGGAGGGCAGGUCCUCACGUCACUCUGCUCCCCGAGGCCCCGGGCUGCUCCGGGGCUGCUCCGGGUGAGCUAAAGCCGCGGUUCCCAUGGGGCCGGAGCAGAGGCCGCGGGCAGCCUGGCUGAGCGGAUCUGCCCGGGGAGGGCCCCGCUUGCCACCUCGGCCUUCCGGGGAGCCCCUGUCGAAAGCCCUGCUUUGCCUCAGCUCCUGACAAGCCCUUUCGUCUCAGUACAAACCUGCAGCUGAAGCUGACGGGCUUGUUGCAGGUGGAGGUCGGACUGCAUGUAGCUCGGUAGCUAAGAAUCUGCCUUUCCCUGUACCCACAGCGUUGUGGCUGGGCUGCUGUGCGCAUGCUCUCAGCUCGGCCUCCUGUCCUGCAGAUGGACGUGUCACCAGGGGUGCGACGCUAGAGUGGCUGCCGUUCUCUGCAGCCUGGCACAGCUGGGAAUGACUGCUCUCUCUCCUGCAGGCUGAACUCCCAUGUCCAGCGAUGGAUGAGGACAGCCUGGACGAGCUGGUGGACCAGAGCCUGGGGCCAGAUGUCCACCCGGGACUCAGCGCUGCCACCGUGGCCAGUGAUGCUGAAGAAAGCAGUGACGGUGACAGUGGCGGCUCUGAGGACACGGGCAGUGAGCUCAGCGACGGCACCGAUGGAGAGGAGGAGGCGGACCUGGAGGAUGGAUCUGGUUCCGAAGGUUCCGAAGACGAUGAUGACGACGAUGACGAGGAAGUACUGGUGGCAGCAGACCCUCAGGGGAAGCCGGAGGCCAAUGGCACGUGUCAUUCCGACGACGAAGCGGAGAGCUGCCCCAUUUGUCUCAACACUUUCAGGGACCAGGCUGUGGGGACCCCGGAGAGCUGCGCCCAUUACUUCUGCCUGGACUGUAUCCUGGAGUGGUCCAAGAAUGCCAAUUCCUGUCCAGUCGAUCGAACUCUAUUUAAACGCAUUUGUAUUCGAGCCCAGUUUGGUGGCAAAGUCCUGAAGAAGGUCCCUGUGGAGAACGCCAGGGCCGGAGAGGAGGAGGACGACCCCACCUUCUGUGAGGUGUGUGGCCGCAGCGACCGGGAGGACCGCCUGCUGCUCUGCGAUGGCUGUGAUGCCGGGUACCACAUGGAGUGUUUGGACCCCCCUCUCCAGGAGGUGCCCGUGGACGAGUGGUUCUGUCCAGGAUGUGCCAGCCCCGGAGCUGCCACCUCUCCUGCAGAUGCGGAUCCCGUGACCGAGGAGGAGGUCUCUCUGCUCUUGGUCGAUGUGGUGCCGACCGCCAGCCGGCUGCGGCCUCGUGAGGGGCGGACCCGGGCCAUCGCCAGGACACGGCAGAGCGAGCGUGUUCGAGCCACUGUGAACCGGAACCGCAUGUCCACUGCCCGGAGCAUCCAGCAUGUCCCGAGGUACCUGAUGUCCUCUCUGCUUGACGAGACCAUCGAAGCCGUUGCCUCUGGCCUGAGCACAGCCGUGUAUCAGCGCCCCACGACGCCGCGGGCUCCCGCCAAGCGGAGGAGGAAAGCAAGAAGACGGAGGAAAGUGCUGGGAAGGAAGAAAACCCAGCCCAGACCGGCCGUGAGGAGCAGGAGCUCGGGGACAAGGUCCAAGAGACGCCAGGGCCGCGGGAAGAAGAGGAAAGGACAAAAGCUGAAGACUGCUCAGAGUGAAGUCACAGCUCGCGGGCGCAUCGCGCGGACGCUGGGCCUCCGGAGGCCGACCCACGGGGCCUGCAUCCCGUCCGUGUUCCGGCCCGCGGACCCCUCCCUGGGGCUGAUGCGUGCGGACAUCGGGGCUGCCUCUCUCUCUGUCUUCGGAGACCCCUAUGAGCUGGACCCUUUCGACAGCAGCGAAGAGCCGUCUGCCAGCCCUGCUUCCCCUCUGAGUGCCAAGAGGAGGGUCCUCUCCCGCUCGGCCCUGCGGUCUCACCAGCCCGUGGCCAGGCCCGUCUCCAUGGGGCUCUCCAGGAGGAGCAUUCCUGCCGCGGCGCCCGAGCCGGACGUGGACGUGGCCCCUGUCCCCGACCUGCUGGGCAGCAUCCUGUCGGGCCAGAGCCUCCUCAUGAUGGACAGCUCCGACAUCACCAUCCACCGCGACGGCUCGCUCAGCGCCAAGCGGGCAGCACCUGUUUCUUUUCAGCGACACUCAGUCGGUCUGUCCCGAGGGGGAGACGGCCCGCAGCCCCCAGCACCAAGCACAGGGCUCCUGGGAAGCCUGGGGUCGCGCAGUCAAGGCAGGUCCACCCCCUCCCACGUCCCUGCGCUCACGUCGGGGGCUGCGGCGAGACUGGACUCCUCAGCGACCCCUCGGUCAGGUCAGGCCCAGAGCCCGUCGAAUGUGAACAGUCCUGGCUUCAAACGACGGGAGGACCCACAAGUUAGAGGCGUCAAUGAGCACGCUGGGCCUCUUGGACUCACAUCUAAGAUCUCAAACGGCGGCCCUGAUGUGCCAGCCGCGAGUGCAGGGCCAGGCCAGGCCCCGGGGCCCGCGCCGCGGAGAGCGGACAUCUCCCAGCUCCCCAGGAUACCAAAGAUGAGAAGGGACAGCGGCAGUGGGUGGGCGGACACACCCCCGCCCCCCGCCCCCGCCGGCGGGCAGCGAGUGGAGAUCCCCAGCUCCUGCAUCAGCCGGCUGACAGGCAGGGAGGGCCCGGGGCAGCCUGGCCUCGGGGCCCGGGCGGAGAGCUCGCCGCACGGCAGGGGCCCCCAGGAGCCCAGCGUGCACUCAAGGGGCGGCGGUGCUCAGUCCCCUGCCCCGCUGGGACCCUCGAGGGGGAAGGGCGGCAGCUCAACCUUCGAGAGCUUCCGGAUCAAUAUUCCCGGGAACACGGCGCAUUCCAGCAGACUCUCCAGCCCCGGCUUCUGCCACACGUUCCAGCCUGUGGACGAUAAGGCGCAGAGGAAAGAGAACUCCGCCCCCCUUUUCUCCCUCAGGAAGACGAAGCAGCUCAAGAGCGAGAUCUAUGACCCGUUCAACCCCACGGGUUCGGACUCCAGCUCUGCAGGCAGCAGCCCCGAGCGCCUGGGCCCCGGCCUCCUGCCCUCGGAGAUCACCCGCACCAUCUCCAUCGGCAGCCCCAAGGCCCCGCCCUCGCAGACCGUGCGGUGUGUCACCUCCUACACGGUGAAAACAGUCUUUGGGACGGAGCCCGAGCCCUCUCGGGGGCCGCCCUCCAGCCUGCUCCAGCUCCGGGGCGAGGAGCCCGCCGGGGGCCCAGACUCAGCCCCCCGGGCACGAAGGCCAUCCCCACUGGAGCCCUGGGAGGACGAGGACCGGCCGCCUCGCACCACCUUCUUCGGCUCUGAGGAGCGGAUGGUGACCUGCGUGACGGUGGUGGAGCCGGACACCCUGCCGACCACCACCCACAGAAUCGUGGAGCUGCGGUCUCCGUCCCGCUCCCGCUCCCGCUCCCCGUCCAGCUCCCGCGGCAGAGAGACCGACCAGAGGAAGCAGGCCUCCGCCCCGGGGCACAGGCAGACCCGCUCCCGCACCCGCUCCGGCUCCCGCUCCGGGGACAGGAGCUCCAGGUCGUUGUCACCUCUGGUGGGUGAGGACCAGGCCAAGAGGCCCCCGGCCAAGGCCAGGGCUCGGAGGUCUUCCAGUGACCGCUCCAGCAGCCACGAGCGGGCCAAGCGGAGGAAGGCCAAGGACAAGAGCAGGGACAGGAAGAGGGACUCGUGGGGCCGAGGCCGGCGGAGGUCCCGCUCCCACUCCCGCUCCGGCAGCCCUGGGAGCUCCUCACACGAGCACCGCGAGAGCAGGAGGAAGAAGAAGAGACGCUCCAGGUCUCAGGGGAGGGGGUGCUCUCCCCCCAGCAGCCUGGAGAGGGCCCGGAGGCCCCGCCGUCCUAGGGAGAGGAGCCGCGAGUGGCCCCGAGACAGGCGGGGCUCCCGUGAGAGGAGGCGGCACAGGUCCAGGUCCCCCAGCCUGGAGCACAGGUCCCGAGAGCACCGGCGGCCUCGUUCCCGUGAGAAGCGGUCUCGGCCUCGCUCCCGCUCCCGCUCCCCGGAGAGGAAGUUGCCCGUGAAGGAGGCUUCCCCGGCUCCCCCUCCCCAGGAGGAGCCGAGGCCGGGCAGGGAGAACACGGUGGGGCUGCAGGCCUCAGCAGGAGCUGAAGCCUGGCCAGAAGGGGCUGAGGCCGACCAGGCCCCCCCGAAGGCUCCCCCUGCCCCAGAGGUGCCGGCCGAAUGUGCCCCCGAGGACCUGGACUACGUGGACUCGGUCGAGGCGGGGCACGUCUUUGACGACUUUUCCAGUGAAGGCAUCUUCACGCAGCUCGACGACAUGAGCUCCCCGCCCUCCCCAGAGAGCACAGACUCCUCCUCGCCUGAGCGCGGGGUCCCACCCACCCCCGCUGCACCCCCGGCCGGCCAGCAGCAGGACCACAGCCUGGCUGCCAUCAGAAGGGAGGUGUCGCUGAUCCACAGUGAGGACACCGAGCAGCCCCUGCCCUGGACAAAGGGUCCCCAGGAGACGGCCUCGUUCCAGCAGGACCAGGCCCAGGCUGCGGUGCCGGCUGCCCUGGGAGGCCCGGCCGGGGGCGGGGCGCUGCUGGGGAAGGAGGAAGGCCUCUGCCUGACCUCUGUGCUUCGGGCGAAGGCCCCCGUGAAGAGGGUCACCUGGAACCUGCAGGAGGCGGCGGGUUGCGCUCUGGCUGAGGACCGAGGCCUGCGGACCCCACUGCACAGGCCCCAGCAGCCGCAGGAAGAGGCGUGGGAACCCGGAGACGGAGGCCUUGUGGUGGACUCCCAGCAGGCACCCUGCCCCGAGCCCCCUCCUGCUUACACGCUUCCAGAGUCUGGCUUUCCCACUGCAGACCCCGCCCAGGUUUAUGGCCCCAGCCUGCCUCCCGCCCUGGCUCUGCCCUCAAGUGUCCCGCCCUACGCACCGGUCAGCCAGCCCACCGUGCAGUUCAUCCUGCAGGGGAGCCUCCCGCUGGCGGGCUGCGGGGCGGCACCCAGCCUGGCCCCAGUGCCCACCGUCCUGACCACAGCCUCUGAGCCGGCUGGCCACGCUGCCGCCACCAACAACUCCGAGGAGAGGACGGCCACUCCCCGGCCAGCCACAGAGAAAGCCAAGAACGAGGAGGUGAGACCCCUCUCCAUCCUCCUGGGACGCGCAGGACGGCGGGAAGCGCUGGGCUCCCCCAAGGGCCCUGCAGGCCUGGCACGCACUCACCCUCCGCUCGCCGAGCGGGCGGUGGAGGAGGUGAAGCUGGCCAUCAAGCCCUUCUACCAGAAGCGCGAGGUGACGAAGGAGGAGUACAAGGACAUCCUCCGCAAGGCCGUGCAGAAGAUCUGCCACAGCAAGAGCGGGGAGAUCAACCCUGUGAAGGUGGGCAACCUGGUGAAGGCCUACGUGGACAAGUACCGGCACAUGCGCCGGCACCGCAGGCCCGAGGCCGGAGAGGAGCCCGCGGCCGAGGGCUGAGGCUCGCUGGCCCCGCGUGCUGUUGGGAGUGACAGCAGCAGAAAGCUCGGGGGACCCCAGCACUGUGUCCAGGUUCCUGAGAUCACUUGUGGUCUGUGCCCGCCCUGCGCAGUUUAAACUGGACGUUACGUGUACAUUGUAGAUACACCUUCAUUGUGUUCUAAUUUAUCAGAAACGGAUUCUCUUUAGAAACUUCUCGUUGACUCAGUACUUGAAAGGGGAACCCUUGACUGAAGCGCGGACCUUGGACGGGAGCGGCGGCCUGUCUCUUAUUUAGGGAACCCCCGCUUUCUUAGCUGGUAACGUAAUACAGAUAUGGCUCAAGUGUU